AUGCCGCAGGAUCACCAAAUUCAAAAGGGUCGGUCAUCCGAAGGCGAUCUAAAGGCUCAGCUAGAGCAUAUUCAAAAUCGAAUUAAUGCAGAAACAGAGGAUGUUCUGUCGAAGAGAAAUAACAAGAAAUCUACUCCGUUUUCAAAUAUAUUGACUAAAAGAGAUAAAAGAACUUCUGCUCCUUUAUUUGCUGGCAGUGACGUACACAAGGGAGUUUUAAAUUCCGGCUCAUCAAAGGAUGUUAACUUUGUUGUCGGUCUUAGUGAAAAUCUAUUGCAAGAAUGCAGGAGACUACAGGCUGAAAAUGAGAAGAAAUCUGCAAAACUCAAAACCCUACACGAAGAAUAUAUUUCUAUACAAGAGAAUCUUCAACAGCUAACAACGAAGUACCAACAUGCUUGCAAAGAAGAAGACUCACUAAAGGAUGCCAAUUGGGAAUUAGAAGCGAAAUUACAAAACGUGAUGAAAGAAUUCAAAGAUCUGAGUGGAUCAUAUAAUAAAACACAAGCAGAACUCCAAAAGCAGAGAAAUGUUUGCGAAGAGUUCAAAGCUGAACUUGAAGAAGUUGUUUUGGAAAGAAGAGGUUUGAGAGAAGAACUGGAAUCGAAGCAGCAACAAUACGCGAUUGAAAUCAAAGAUCUAAAAGCCCAUAUACAGGAGCUUAAUGAAGAAAACGAUCAACUUCAUUCGAAAAUGAGUCAAUUGAAGAUACAGGUAGAUGAGUUGGCGUCAAAAGUAGGAAACACAAAAUCAGUCAGCGACAAGCCACCUGACGCCGAGAAGGACAACAUCAACAAGGACAAAGAUCAUUUUGAUAAUCUUUCCUCUUCUGCGAAGUUGGCAACGGAAGAACUGAGGUUUUCGGAACCAAAUGACUUGGAGUCGCAAACAAUGCAAGUAAAUCUAGAGCAAGCCAACCAAACAAUUGGAAAGUUGAGACAGCAGAUUCUCAGAUUAAAAGCAGAGCGUAAAGGUUCACCACGUACUAUCAGAUCCUCCCGAACUAACACGCCAGUACCUGUCAGGAGGACAAAUGGGGUACAAGAAUUCAAAGACUUUUCCACUCCUAGCAAAGUUAAAGCGACAGAACACGAUUCAACUAAUGUGACCCAACAAAGUGGAUCGUCUAGUGGCGACACACGAGCCUCAGUGCAUGGUUUGCUCAGUGAUGUCACAGCUGAUUCUUUUGGUUUAUCUGAGGACUCUAGGGCAGUUGAUUUGGACUCAGAAGGCGAAAGUGAUAUAUCAGAAACCAUGGAUGUGAUUAGAAACCCACUCUAUGAUGAACUGAUUGAUAGUGACAAUGAAGACGAACAAGAAAGUUCAAUUACCUAUGCGGAAGUCAAAAAAUACACGGAUGCACAUGAUUUAGUAGUGUUGCCAAACAGAGAAUAUGAAAAUAUCAAGCAUUUGCAUUCUGAACGCUUAAAGUCAGAAGAAGAAAUUAUGCGCUCAGGAAGAGAACUUAACAUUUUUGCAUUUCCUAAUGAUAUCUCGACCGAAAAGAAACCACAUAUAUUGAGCCAACAAGAGAAAAUACAUUCCCUAGAGGAGAACGGGUACCAUGUAAUUUCAGAAGACGACUUCGAGGAAAUUAAAAAAAAAAUGACUCUCUUAGAUCUUCCAACAGAAGCCUUUCUCUCGUCCAAGGCUAACUUAAUUGAUCAAAGAUUAAUAAGUAAUGAAAAGUACCAGGAGUUAGUUGAGCCAUCAGUACAGAAGAUUAUUGAGAAACUUGAACAUUUAGGAUUUGAAGCAGUAGCUAAAGAAAAAUAUGCAGAAAUGUUGAGGGAGCUUGACAAUCCAUCUAUGGAAUACUUGCGAUCAAAAUUAAGCGCAAGUGGAAAUAAGGUUAUUCCAAUCAGCGAGUACGAAACUCUUAUUUCUCCACCACUGGAUGAAUUGAAGAAAAUGGCGACAAAAAGUGGUUAUACAUUAAUAAAAGAAGAUGCCCUCUCCGCCUUAAAUUCAAAAGUCGAUAAUCCUUCUGUAGAAUUUCUUUCACAGAAAGCGCGUAGCGCAAAUUAUCACUUGAUUUCCGAGAACGAUCAUUCUGAGCUAAUUAAUCCAUCUCUAGGAAAACUCUCUGAACUAGCUUCACACGCUGAAAAGGUUGUAAUAUCGAAAAAAGAAUACGAAGAUUUUAUGCACCCUAGCCUUGAAAAUUUGCAGAGGGAAGCAAGUGAAAUAGGGUAUUUCCUUUUAUCUCCUGAGAAUUAUGAAGAACUUUUCAAUCCUUCGAUCGAGAAAAUGAAGCAGAUGGCUUCCUCGCUGGACUAUAUCAUGAUUUCAACCGACGAGUACAAAACUAUUCGUAAUCCACCUAUUUCUGUCUUGGAAAAGCAAGCUAAUGAGAUCAAUUUUACUCUUGUCCAGGCGGAAGAACAUCAAAAGACGUUGGAUCGUCUGGAUUCCUUGGAGCACCCUGACAUUGCUCACUUAACCUCCAGGGCAGACGAAUUAGAUCAUGUUGUCGUCGAAAGGGCUUUAUAUGAGAAGUUGGAAGCACAAAUCCAAAAUCCACCAUAUGAAAUUGCAAAGUUAUAUGCCGACACGGCUGGGAAAGUUUUAAUUGACACUAGUUAUAGUCAGCAACUAAUCAGUAACUUUGAGCAUCCUCCUCUUACUUUUUUAAAAGAAAAGGCAUCUGAUCUCGGAUAUCGUGUCAUUCAAGGCAACGAAUACACGGCACUACUAAAAAGUGUAGAAACGCCUACUUCACAGUACCUUGAAGAAAAAGCUGCUGCACAGGGUGGUGUUUUGCUUGCAAAACUUGAGCAUGAGAAUUUGAAAAUGCAAUUAGAAAACCCUGCGGAAGAAUAUUUGAAGAAGAAAGCUUCUACUCAGGGUCUUGAACUGAUAACCAUCGCCGAAUUGACGCAACUAAGAAACCAGAUUGCAGAGCCUUCUAGAGAGUAUUUAUCGAAGAAAGCGGAGAAUUCAGGUCACAUACUGAUCACGUCUACUAUUCACGAUGAGUUACUGGAAAUAAAAGAAACUCCCUCGCUGGAAUUUUUGAAAAACAAGGCUCGUAACUAUCAGCAUACGAUCAUUGCCAAUGACGAAUUGAAUGAAUUGAUGGACCGCUAUGAUAAUCCCUCACUUGACUACUUGAAAUCAAAGGCAGUUGGUUCCCAAAUUAUCCCCCUUGAACUUUACAAUAGGUUUUUGGAGCUGGAGAAUUCUCCUUCCUUGGAUUUCCUCAUCGAGAAAAGUGAAAUGAGAGGAUACGACCUCCUAUCCAAACACGAGCACGAAGCUAUUAUCAGGAGAGCAUUGAAUCCUACAAUUCAAGAAUUAGCAGAGAACGCCAAAAAAAUUGGACAUAUCGUUAUUCCAGAGGAGGAAUACUCCCAGUUACGGAAAUCGUUUGAAAAUCCUUCUAAAGCUUUUAUUCAAAAAAUGGCGGCAUGUCAUGACCUUGUGGCAAUUGAUCAAACUGAACAUGAGAAGCUGCAGAAUGCUACUCAAAAACAGUCAAUCUUUAAUGCUAUUACCUCAUACGGAUAUGUUGCUCUUCCGUUAGGAGAAAUAUCUGCCUUGGAAAGCUCUAGGAUAGAAAAUGCGUCUCUAAGUGCCUUAAAGAGACGCUUAGAGGAUUUCGGAUAUUAUGCUAUUACCUUUCAAAAGUUUAGAGAAUUGAAUAGGCCAUUCCUCGAGACAGUUGAUCAGCUUACAACAAUUUCUCUAUGCCAGAAAUACGGCCUCAAAGCGGUUCCCGUUGAGGAAUAUAAUGAUUUAAAAACUAACCCAGAUGCAAUUCUCUCGAAAGAAGAGCUCAUUGAACAAGCGGAAUCACAUGGUUAUGUCGUUGUACUUCGAUCCGCUUUCGAAGAAAUGAAGGAAUAUCUAGCAAAUCCCUCUUUGGAAUAUUUAGAGAAGCACUCUGUUAAGAAAAGGAAACUGUUAGUAGAUGAAGAGGUCUAUGAAAAGAACAUGAAGAUUAUACGAGAGCCAUCUCUAGAUAUGAUCACUCAUUCAGCUUCCCUCCUAGGAUACACAAUCGUGGCUUGCAACGAAUACGAAGUUUUGCAGAACAAUUUAGCUGCUCCCUCGCAGGAUUUUAUAGAGGAGAAGGCUGGCAAGUUAGGCUUAGCAGUGAUUUUCAAAUCAGAGUUAGACGAUCUCCAAGCUAAACUUGAGCAUCCUCCGCUGUCUUAUUUGACCACCAAAUCGCUAGAGAUGGGUCAAACCAUAAUAAGGCAGGCUGAGUAUGAUACAUUGAUAAGGAAAGACAGCUUUCCAACUAGAGAGGAGUUACAGGAGAAGGCAAGUGCCCUGAACAUGAAAACAAUACCUCUUGACGAGCAUGAGAAGGUUGUUAAGAUCCUUAAGGAACCGCUGGAAUUUGCACGGAGCACAGCUGCAGCGAAUAACAUCAUUAUGUUGGAUAAAGCGAGGUACGAAGAGAUCAUGGAAUUUUUCACUAAUCCCAGCUUCGAGGAGCUGUCGGAACGUGCUUCGAAUAUUUCUGCGGUAUUGAUGUCCGAAUUAAGCUACAGAAAUAUGAAAGAUGAGAAUGAAAACCCUAGUAUGGACCGUUUGCAAUCCUUGGCCAGUCACCGCAAUUUAAUCUUGAUGGAUAGGGAGAGUUAUGAAACGGCUAGGCAGCAACUCGAAUUGCUAAAAAAUCCAAACCCUGAAAUUCUUCAAGAGUUGGCAGAGCAGCUGAAUUACACAGCCUUACCUAAUACUGAGUUUGAGAAUGUGAAAUCCCUUGCAAAUGUGCCUUCCGAAUCCCAUCUGAUCAAAAAUGCGGAGAGGUUUGACAAAGUUCUCGUUGACUCCAAAGAAUAUCAGUCUUUAAAGGAUGUAGUAUCAGCACCCGGGAUAGAAUUUUUGAAGGAAAAAUGCUCUCUCGUGAAUAUGAAAAUCUUGAAAAGCGCUGAAUAUCAAGAAUUACUGGAUAGGGCGGAUAAUCCAUCUUUGCGUUGCCUUGAAGAAAAUAUCGCCAAAUAUAACAGAAUCAUGUUACCAGCGGAGAAAUUUGAACAGCUUGACAAAGCCAUCAAGCAACCUACUUUAGAAUAUCUGAAAGAUAAUGCAAUGAAAUAUCACAAGAUUUUGAUAGAUGAAGAUGAAUUGAGAGGUCUAAAAGAUCUUGCUGAGAAUCCUGAUCUGAACACUAUGAAGAGAUGUGCUUCCUUGCAUAAUCUCGUUUUGUUGCCAAGCGAAGAACUUGAGAAAAUGCAGAGUACCAUCAAAUGUCCAACUAAAGAGUACUUAUAUGCACAACUGGAGAACCAGGGCCUUGUCGCUUUGAGUAAGGAUGAAUUUGUGUUGUUGACCGAAAAAGACAAGGAUUUAAGUCUACCUGAUAUCAAAAAUGCUGCAAAAGAGCAUGACUAUGUUUUAUUGAGUUCUUCAGAAUAUAAAUCCCUGGAGCAACCCUCUUUGAGCAAGCUUGAAGAAGGACUAAAGAGCCAUAAUCAAGUUGUUAUGGAUGCCGAAACGUAUUCUAUUCUUUUGAACUCUACAAAGGACAAGAUCAGCAAAGAAGAGGUUAUUGAUCUAUGUAACAGAUUUUCCUUGAAAACAGUUUCUAUUGAUCAGUACAAUGAUUUCAUCACAAUGCCAAGUGUCGAGAAACUCCAGAAGUUUGCUGGUGACAUUGGGUAUGUGGCCUUACCAAGAAAAGAAUAUGACACACUUAAAGUUCAGGCCGAACACCCUGACCGGAAAACCAUCGAAAAAGCUGCCGAUUCUCUUGACUUGAUACUUGUUAAAUCAAAAGAAUACGAGACACUUUCCAAAAAGCUUGAAAAUCCAACGAAAGCACAAGUUGAACGAGGUGCUCAGAAACUGGGGUUGACAGUUGUGCCUUUGGAGGAAUACAAUGACUUAUCAAGAGAAGCCAGUGCAAGAACCACCUCAGGAGGUAAUAUCGGCAAGCCAUCCAAGGUGUUAGCUAGCAAGGAGUAUUUUGAAAAGGUUAUUCGUGAAGAAAGUAGUCCCCAAAAGAAGGAGAGAAUAUUAGAGUCUGCGAAGUCUCUUGGUCUAGUGACCUUAUCGUCGGACGAAUAUAAAAAGUUGGUCGAGAAUCAAAAAGACAGUACUCUGAGCAAAACUGAUCUCUAUAAUGGUGCAAAAGAGUUUGACCUCACGAUCAUACCAACUGAAGAAUACAUGGCCCUUCUCAAGAAAAAGAACUCACGGCAAGUCACUUAUAAAGAGCUGGAAUCUUAUGCAACUCGUCUCAAUUUGAGGUUAAUACCUAUUGAACCAAAACUUAAAACAGCAAAGCCUAUAGAUAAUAGCGAAGAAUCUGAACAGUCUGACAGAGAAUCAUUUAUAUCCUCAAGUGCCUCAUCGAUUGAUGAAGAAGAAUUUUAUGAUGCCUUUCAAUCCACUAAUUCAGUUAGUACAAAUUAUUCAUUGUCAACUUCUGAAACGAACUACUCGCAGUACACAGACGCUUUUGAUGAUAAUUUAGAAGAAAUUGAAGAUAAUGUAUCUCAAGUGUCCACAGUAAGAGAUGAACCUGUUUCCCACGGCCCCACCGUUGAAGAUCUCAGUAGUAUGGCGAAGGGCUUGGGCUACAAGCUUGUGUCAUUGACAGCGGACUCGAGGAGUUCUGUUAACCCUCCUGAAAGCUCUCAUCAGACAAAUAAUAAAGAAAAUGUAACUCCAGAUCUGGCGGCUAGUGACGAUGACAGCGUAAAUGAGCUUUUCACAGAUGCUUGGGAUGAAGAAGAAUUGAAACUGAGAGCUGCAAAAAUCAGUAUGGUCUUAAUUACACAAGGUCAAUACAAAGAAUAUGAGUCGCUGAAGGGCAAAGAAAAAAAUCAGACUCAGACUCAUUUAGAAGAUAGAUCUUGCGAACUUGAAUUUAUAGCUCCACCAGCUUCUUUAACUGACGUUCAGGAUAAGGCGCUUGGUACAGAACAGCUGCGUGAAGAAAGCCUGAACUUUUUCUCGGGAAAUGGCAAAUAUACAAGAGAUUCCAUAAUUAGUGCGGCUCCGCAAUUUGGUUUGCAUGUUCUGUCUCAAGAUGAAUUCGUUGAAAUGAAGCAAAUCGUAAAUUCAAUGUCUUUGAUUCCAGAUGAUUUCAAUAAACCAAAAGGUAUUCAUGAGGGCGUCAUGAAACAAGAAGCAUAUGGUACUCCAAAAGAAGUAAUGCAAGAAAAUUCAUGUACAGUUGAGGAAGGUCAUAUAAACGCUACCGAAGGUAUAAGGACAGUGCCAAAAUCUGAAGGUGAGGAGUCUUUGCGGGCAAAAGCAAGCAAACUAGGGAUGGUUUUACUAAAGAAAGAGCAAUUCGAUAAUAUGAAUGAAAAACUUCAAGGGUACGAUUCUGAAAAGAUUCGAUAUGCUAAUUUGCCUGCCUCCUCUCAGAGACCUGAAACGCUGUCAUGCAGUGAAGAUCAACUUAAAGAGGAUACAGUGCCUUGUAAUCAAGUCAUGAUAUCAAAAGAGAGUUAUGAUCGCCUCUACGAAAUGGCAAACGAAACUAAAGAACAAACCUACUCAAAGGAAGUGAUAAUUGAGAAGGCACACCAAUUAGGUUUAGUUCCUCUUGAAAGUGAUCAAUUUGAACAGAUCAAAGAAGAGUUGGCGAGAGGUUCGCAGAAUUUGACGGUUGAAGAUAUUAUGCUUAAAGCAGCAGAAUUUGGAUUAGUGCCCAUAAAGAAGGAUCAAUUUGAUCAGAUUAAGAAGGAGCUCGCCAAUCCUUCGUUGACAAAAGAACAAAUAGUCGAACAUGCAAAUAGUUUCGGGCUUGCUGCGGUUGAUUUGGAUGAUUAUGAGCUUCUCAAGCGGCAAUCUAUCGUAAAUGCUACAAGUUUGAUAAUAGACGACGACGAAGCACACUCUGGUGAAGCUGAUUUUGACUUUGAUGAAAACAGAUCGGAUCGUAAGAAACUUAACAGUCUCGCAAAAAAAUUGGGAAUCCUUUGCGUUCCUGAAAGCUCUUUCGUGCCUACUUCAACGUGUAGUGUCCCAGAUUCUGAUAACGUUGUUGUCCUACCGAUUACGUACUAUCACAAUUUGUUGGCAAAGGAACAAGAAACCUUCGACAGGCUUACAAAUGAUGAGCUUCAAGCGGAGGCAAAGAAGCGUGGGUUCCUCGUUGGCCAUACAAAGAAGGAGGUUGGUGCGCCGGCGUCUGCUCAUGCAGCGUUUUUCGGAUCAAGGAUUAGUCGGCAAAAUAGUAACAAAUCACUUGCAUCCAAUGAAUCGAACACUAGAAAGAGUUUAGCGGAGGCAGCGGCUUCAGCUGCCUAUAAUGAGUUUGAGCAGCAGCACCACUUGGCCAAGUCUAGGUGCCACUCUCGCUCAUCCUCAAUCAACAGAACAAUCGCAUAUAGCAUGGAAAGCGAAAGCCCGCAGGUACGUCGGACGUCCUUUGAUGCUGGCAUCUCACUGGCAACCAUGGCCUCAUUAAGCGAGCCAAGCAUAAUUCCUGCUCUAACUCAAACUGUCAUUGGUGAGUAUCUGUAUAAGUACUAUCGCCGUCUGGGACCCAUUUCAAACUUAUCUUCACGCCAUGAAAGGUACUUUUGGAUUCAUCCAUAUACAAUGACACUCUACUGGUCCAGUUCUAACCCGGUGUUGGAAAGCCCUGCUCACAACAAGACUCGUGCAGCUGCUAUUCUUGGGGUGGAGAGUGUCAGUGAUUCCAACCCAUAUCCAACUGGUCUAUAUCAUAAGAGUAUUGUCGUGAAGACCGAGGCAAGGUCAGUGAAAUUCACUUGCUCGACUCGUCAACGCCACAACAUUUGGUUUAAUUCGCUACGCUACUUGAUCCAAAGGAACAUGGAUGGUAUCAACCUAGAUGAAGAUGGCGCAUCGGACCCACCCGAAGCGAAUAAGAUCUAUCAGCUCCCGGGCGAGAGCGUCCGGCAUGCUAACCAGAGGUUAUCAUCUACGAGAAGAUUAGCCUCUUCCAGUAAGGUUAAUAGGUCGACAUCCAUGAAAUCGGUUAGAAAAUGA